CGACGAGAUAUUUGGUCUUGUUGGAUCUGCCCCGCAACUUCGAGAUGUGCAUUUGAGUGGGGAGACUCUCCAAGGAGUUGAGGAUACAUCCAGCAUCACGGUGUGUAUGAAACUCUCUUCCGGCAUUGAUGCUCUCUCUGUUGACCGUAAUUCUCACAGCAUAUAUGCCGCCUAUCCGCUCCAUCCUUGACGACGUUUAAUCUAUUCGCCCUCUGCCCACUCGAGCGACGAACGGGGUGGCUUGAACGUGACGUUCUGCAUCGGGCACAUGAUGGCGUAACGAGAUUCAUGACCAAUCAUGCUGAUACUAUAAGGACACUGACUCUGCUGGAUCCGGUGGGGGGCCUGAAGCCUACGAUUUGUUUCCCACGACUCGUUCGCGCGUCCAUAUGUUCGGAUAAUCCAAUAUUGGGAUGCACAACCGCCCCGAAUGUGGAAAUUCUUGAGCUCCUUCCUGCGUCGUAUGCAUUUGGCCCUCCAGACCUUGAUGAGUGGAAAAGUGCCAAGGUUCUCAUUUUGGGGGAGCCGUUCCUCCGUGCGCACGGUUUCGAUUCACUCCUCCAGUUACGCGUUCACGUUCCGUCCCAUAAGAGAAUGGAGGCACAACUUCUAGACAUUUUGGCAAGACCUCGGUCUGUCGACAACUUGACGUGGUUCUGUCCAAAGCUCAGAAUUUUUGAAAUCUUCGUGUUCCAAUUUGGCGAACUGAUAGGCCUUAGUUGGCCUGGAAGAUUACCGGUGGAGCCUGAAUUUGACAAGAGCAGCUACCACCCCUCGAUGACAUCCACAACGGAUCUUUAUCGAACGGAUUGGGAAGGCACCGAGGACUGGGAAGAAAGCGACUUGGACUUACAUUCUGAGGAUCUUGAACAGGAUUCUGGGGGAAUCAUACCGCUCAACGAGGAUGAAGAAGCGGAGAGAGCGGUGGCUACGACAGAUGGUCUCCAUUUAGAUACAGAAAUGCGAGCUGCGUGGUCGGACGUCCUUUCCUCGCCUACUUCUGUGCACGGACCCGAUGACCCGCCGAGAUCGUCGCGGAGUUCCUCAUCGGCCCAUGAUACCUCAUCUGCCGUGCUCGACUGGGAUUUGAUCAGAACGGUUGUAGAGGGGAAAUUAAAUGGCAACUGCAGUUCCAUCUCGAAACUUGUUGUGAAACGGGGUCGUUUUGUCACCCAGGACCUGGCACCCCCAGACGAUUUGAGGGAAUGGUUUGAGAGCCUUCCCGAACUCGAAUUUGUGGUGGACGAAUGAGACGUCUCUCAAUUUGUACAAAGUAUCCGAACCUGUAGAAUCACCUGUGUCAAGGGUUAUGGCCGAAUGAGCUCAGUCUGCUGCUGCUGGUGUCAGUCACCGCUACUGCUCAAGGCUCUGUUCGUGCGCGCUCGACAACUGCAAGGGUUGGUAGUUCCCACCCGGCCUCAUUUCAACGCUUUGCGAUAUCCUUCUGCUUGUCAUGGGCCCGGGAAAAUGACUAACACUUGAUUUGCGAGCUCUAUUCAUCGGAAGUCUGUAGGGUCACUCCCCUUCUGACUUGCAAGGUCCGUCUCUCAAAAGCACCGGGCUGAUUCGGAGUCUUAUCUGCAC